AUGAGUGAUGGUACAGGGUCUGUUAACCCCAAUUUACGUGUUAAAUGUGCUGAAUCGAGAGUUGGAAGGGAAAAUCAGAGAUAUAAUCCAGAAACUAGCGCAAGAAUAGUUGCAGGAUGUAUUUGCAUGAAUGAUACCAAAGAUAAGGUCAUAAUGAUUCUGUCUACUUCUCAUAAGAACAGAUGGGUAUUUCCUAAAGGAGGAGUUGAGCUCGAUGAAGGGGAUGAUUUUGUUGUUAGUGCUGUCAGAGAAACCUGGGAGGAGGCCGGUUGUGAAGGAAAGAUAUUGAAUAAGCUACCCGUUGCAUUGGAUUCAAGAGGUAAGAAGGCACCAGUUUUGGAGAAGGGGAAAGACUUUGAUCCAAAAGGGGUUAUACCCAAGUCGGAAUUCCAUUUUUAUGAAAUGGUUGUUGAUCAAUUAAGUUCCAAAUGGCCAGAACUGGAUAAAAGACAGAGAAGAUGGUGUACAUAUUCGGAAGCGAAACAUGAAUUAUUGAAAGCAAAACGGCCAGAAUUGGUUGAAGCUUUAGACAGCUCCUGUGUUAUCAAGGAUGCCGAGGGAAUCGCUGGUGUCGACGAAUAUUAA